AUGCCACAACCCCAAUACAAAAACAGUCCCCUCCACCACACCAGUAGUCUACCAAACUUAGUCCCUCAACACAAAAACCGCAGAAAAUACAUGCCUCUUUCUAAGAAAUACAGUCCUUCCAAGAACACAGAUAUGGCCCAGAGCCAUGCUACCCCACCAUUACAUACUCUAGUGGCUGCAAUGGCCAACAAUCACCUCUUCAACCCACCCCUUCUGGCUUCAUCUUCUCUGAGUGAUCCAUGGAGCUAUAACAAGCCACUACAGAAAGGGACAUUGACUGCAAGAAGUCUCAAAAAAGCUGCAAGAAUGAAAGAACCAAACAUUUCAGGGUUGAUGCAUGAGGGUUCAGGAAGCCCAGGGCAAGCAAUUCAUUGCUCCAUAUCAGUAAUUGGUCUGAAUCUAUCUUUUUUUACAUCAUUCAUCUAUGCAUCCAAUUGUGCCACUGAAAGACAGGUUCUAUGGGAUGAUAUCACCCACUGCUCAACAAUCUUUGCUGCUGGCCCUUGGUUGUUAAUGGGGGAUUUUAAUGUCAUUCCCAAUAUAGGAGAGAAGCAUGGUGGAUCUAUGAAAUGGAGCACUGCAAUGUCUGAUUUCAAGGACUGCCUCCAAAAUGCUGAAUUAGAGGACCUUAAGUUCUGUGGGAUUCUAUACUCUUGGUCAGACAAGAGUUUGGGAGAUGCAUGUAUAGCUAAGAAGCUUGACAGGGCUCUGGUCAAUCAAAAAUGGACAUCCUCCUUUCCAAUUUCAGAAUGCAAUUUCCUCACCCUAGGUAUUUCUGAUCACAGCCCUAUUUUGGUUACACUUGACAUCAACAAACCACAAAGGCGUACCCCUUCAGGUUCUUUAAUGCUUGGUCAUCACACAAGCUUUUCUUAUCUUCAGUACAAGGGGUUUGGAGCACACACAUUAAAGGAACAGCUAUGUUUCAAGUUGUUCAAAUUAAAAACCGUCCUAAGAACUACUUGUGGGAAAGAAUUUUCAGAGUUGGACUCUAAAAUUCAUGCAAUUCAGCUUGAAUUACAAUCUUGUCAAAUGGAUCUUGAUCUUUCUCCUAUUGAUUCUUCACUCAAAGAGCUGGAAGGAGCCCUUACUAGAGAAUUUUUUAGGCUGGGAAACAUCCAAGAAGAUAUUUUGAGGCAAAAAUCUAGGAUGAUGAUUCAUGAUUUGGAGGAUAUUAAAAUUCAAGUGGUCAAUCAUUUCCAAUCCCUGCUUGGUCAAUCUCCCCCUCCCACUCACCACAUCUCUAACUUAGCUCCAUUUAUCUCCAAGGUUGUCCCCACCAGUAUGCACUCUUUCCUUGAGGAUCCACCAUCCAAUUUGGAGAUUCAAAGCUGUAUGUUGAAGCUUAAUAAGGAUAAAGCUCCGGGUCCAGAUGGCUACAAUGCCUCAUUCUUUCAAAAGUGUUGGAAUAUUGUGGGAAGGACUAUUAUCAAAGCAAUCUCAGAAUUCUUCAGGAACGGAAAGCUCCUAGCAGAGGUCAACAAUACAUACAUUGCCUUGGUACCAAAAUGCCAAAAUCCAACCUCUCUUCAUGACUACAGGCCUAUCUCAUAUGUCAACACCAUCUACAAGUGUAUUUCAAAACUUCUUGCAACUAGGCUUCAAUCCACACUGCCACUCCUCAUUGAUCAAGCCCAAUCUGCCUUUGUGCAUGGCAGAAAGAUUACAGACCCUAUACUACUAGCACAUGAGUUGCUAAGAGGGUAUCACAAGCAUGGCACUCCUGCAAGAUGUGCAAUCAAGGUGGACUUCAAGAAGGCCUUUGAUUCAGUGAAGUGGGACUUCAUUAUUAAUUGUCUCUCAUUGCAUAACUUCCCUCCCAAGUUUAUUUCACUGAUUAAUGCUUGCAUCUUAUCCCCAUCUUUCACCAUUGCCCUGAAUGGUGAAUUCCAAGGAGAGCAAAAAAUCACUCACCUAUCUUAUGCUGAUGACCUACUUCUGUUUUGCCAUGGAGAUAUUUGUUCAGUUUCAGUCCUAAAGUCAGCACUUGAUCUUUUCUGUUCUAUGUCUGGACUUGACAUCAACCUAUCUAAAAGUGCAGUGUAUUUCUCAAGAGUUCAUGAUCACACUCAAUAUGAGAUCUCUUCUCUACUUGGCAUUCAGGCAGCAACUCUCCCAGUGAAAUAUCUUGGAGUGCCCCUCAUUUCUACUAAUCUUAAAGCUCAGCAUUAUAGCUUACUGGUAAGCAGGAUUACCCACAGAGUUACUAACUGGACAUCAAGGUCUCUAUCUUAUGCAGGUAGACUGCAAUUAAUCAAGUCUGUGCUUGUCUCUACCCAAAAUUACUGGUGCAACAUCUUCAUCCUUCCUAAGGGGGUAAUUGAUGAGUUAAAUAAAAUUUUCAGAAGAUUUCUCUGGUCUGGACCAGAAUUAAAGACUUCAGGUUCGAAGGUUGCUUGGGGCAAGACAACUCCAACAGAUUAUGGGUUAAUUGGUGCCAUUCCCACCUCCUCAAAGCUAGGAACAUGUGGACUCUUAACUUCCCUCAGCCAUGCUCCUGGAGUUGGAGAAAAAUGCUGGGGUCCUUUAUCCUUAAGGUUCCCAAGGUCACUAAUGUCUGAGGGAGGAUUACAUGAAGAUAUAACAGUGGACAACUUCAUUAUUAACAACAACUGGGCCUUUCCCAUCUUCCUCACUAAUGCUAUCCCAGAAUUGGCUAACCUUCCUGCACCUGAUUCAUCUACAAGGGACACCAAAAGGUGGAUUGCUUUUCCUACAGGACAGUACUCAUUCAGCCACACAGUUUCUUAUUUGGUAGGGGACCUCCCAAAUGUUCCAUGGCACAACCUUGUUUGGCAAUCCACAACUAUUCCUAGAAUGAAGUUCAUCCUUUGGUUAGCAGUCCAAUCCAAAUUGCCAACACUAGAUAAUAAAUCUAUGUCAAGCCAUACCAAUAUUUGCCCUCUAUGUCGCUUAUCCACCGAAUCCCAUGACCACAUUUUCUUAAACUGCCCCUUUACCUCUCCUUUGUGGCGUUUUAUCAAAUACAUGUGUAGCAUCCACACAGCUAUUAGGAGCUGGGAACCUCUAGUUUAA